CGAACCAUACCCUCCCGGUUGUGGCAGUGGGCACCCUGGACGUUUUGCCCUUUCCAAACUGCGUAUGAUCCGAUGAAUUGGACACCGGAGGAGGUUCGCAUCGCCCUAUCACCAUUCAUCCUGGCUGAACAGGAACGGUUGUAUUUGAAACAGAUUCGUCGAAAUCGGGAGUACGAGGAGAAACUGAUGAAGGAUGUGCCUGGUUGGAAAGUAGGCCAUUGGCACGAGUACCCCGUGUUUCACAAUCCUCGCGGUCUUUGGGUUGACCCGAAUGUGGACGAGUUUUACGCGCAUACAACUCGUCGAUUCCUACUGGCUAACCGUACACAAUCCACUCCGGUUUUUUAUCGGAUUCUUCAUCCCUCUUACCAUAGCUUAUCUCCUCCCCUAGCAAUGGUCCAUGCAUAA